AUGCUCCCCCCCUUGCUGAAGAGCAAGUAUACACGGUACAAAGAGGGAACGGCAGUCGUGGCGGAGUGGCUUAAGUCUACAGCGUCAAGUCUCGGCUACAAGACGAGCGCAUCCGGCGGCAGCGCCGCUGCCCCGUCACGAGGCGGCCGCCGCAAGGGCAAGGCUCGCGCGCAGGCCAAAAUGGAAGCUAGUGCCGCCUCCGCUACGAUCUCCCCAUCCACAGGUCCUGUUUCGAACUUCUUCGGUUGUGCGCUGGACCGUACGAUCACGGCUCGCAGUGAGUUUGCUAAAGAUUUCAGAAGACUCGGUCUCAACACAGAUGAGCAUAUAGCUUUGUCGCACGAGCACUUCGUCAAAGUCCUAUCCCAGGUCCGCGGGAUCCUCCUGCCAGGCCAGAAGCCUCUCGACGCGGCGCUUGACCCGGGAGCCCCAGAGUCCCCAACAGUGGGUUCGCCGGUCUUCGCGAUGAAGGUGGAUGACACAUAUGCCGAGGCCAUAUUCGCACUGACGAUGCUCAUCAAUGAGCUCAACGAGCUGCGCUCGCGCGUCAGAUGGAUCUGGGAAAACUACAAAAGCGGCUUUUUUGACUUGGCCGCAGCCGCCCUGGCGACGGAGACGGUGGCCCGGCUCGCCAGGGACAUUAUCAAGGACGUCACGCCGCUCAUCGAAGACAGCGGCGGCCUCAAGAAGCUGCUCACUGAUUUUUACGUGCUGCAGCUUCGCCUGAAAGGCUGGAAGACGAAAAAGAUCUUCGUUCGCAGAUCAGGGAGCGAGGACAACUUCAAUUAUUCGACCUACGACGAAGCUGAGAAUACCCUUUUCGCAGCAUUCCGCCUUCUAGAGUUCUUCGUCUCCUCUCGACGUCAACAUGAGCUUCCCGUGUACAGGGACAGCACGUACAGCAGAUUUGACCCAUCGUUGGGCCCUCGGCAACAGAAGACCGGCGAGCAGAAAUUCGAAGACGACCGUGCUCUAGCGGUGCCAUUGUUCUCCGACUUACUCACCAUCGUACGUUGCGUGCCGGACUGGCCAGUCUAUGACUCCCUAAUGUUCGCGAUACGUGAGAUCGACAGCACCGACGUCAUCCCCUUGCACGCCGUUUUCGCGCUUCAAUGCCACCUCGACAUCACAUAUACUCUUGCUGAGGCCAUUUCGGACCCGUACGAUACCCUGGCAGCCCAGACGCGGGACAUCUCGAACGACCUGGCCAUGCAUCUCGGGUUUCACCGAGAACUCAAGAGCUCGCGCUGGCCUGACUCGAAUGACGACAAGCUGCGCCGCAUACGGAGCAGUAUCACGCGGUUCAUGACUGAUGAUCCAGUUGGCAGAGUGCAGAGGACGGCGGAAUGCGACACGAGAUCGGCCAUCGACACGGGGCGUGGGACGGCGAACGGACGGAUGCCACGCUCAUCGCCCAUGAUGUGUGGCCUUCUGCUGUACCACUAUCGCGCCCAAUAUCGCGAUGCUGGGCUCGCCAUUGCUGAUGCAUGGGGUUCGAUCAGCUGCGCCAUGCACCUGCUCAAUGCAGUGGAGAAGGAAGGCAUGCUCAGCAUUGAGGAGGAAGAGGAUGGUGGCUGGAGCACCGGCUCAGCGACAACAGCGAAAUUCAAGAAGACGCUACCAUGGGUUGACAUGGAUCUUGUUCGCAUGAUUUUUGGCAACGAGAGCUUUUUCGUCGACGGCAAACCGCCUGCUGGCCCAGCAGAGUACCUGAAGCUAUUCUUUCAGCAGGUUGGCGGGGCGCUAGCUGUCGAUUCCACCAAACAGCGUCAGCAACGCGGCCGAACAGGGAAAGAGCAAAGCACCCAUCUGCAGGCCGAGCACGAAGCCGGUGCAAGGCGACUCAAACCUGGGGCGCCCGUGCAGACCAUGUUCAAGAGGAGGUAUGUGCACCAGACGGAGGAGCAGAUAGACUUGUCCGUGUUGCAGGAGACAGUCCAUCUCGGAAUAACCGGUCGAAAGCUGGGCAGCGAUGGUUCUGGCCACGCAACGAAAGGGUUCAUGCUGGCGAGGAUCCAAGACGAGGUGCGGGCAUGGAGGAUCAGGCAACAAGCUGCGAUGGCGGGCACACCACAACGACAGGCACCUGUGAUUGACCUGGCCGAGAACAUUGGCCAAGCCGCAACUACAGCUGACGAGCUCAUCGAGUGCCUGACCCUGACCCUCCACGCAGAAACGGUCGAGUUUGCAUUUCCCCUGCUACGCCUCCAUCGCUUGUGCUGGGAAGUGCUGCGGGCUGUAGAUGAAGAGUGCCACGCAGCCCUAGCGCGCUUGUUCGGGAAGAGGUACAUUGAGCACAACGAUCAGCUGCCUUGGGUUGUGGGAUUGAUUUUCGGGGCAGCAAGUGUGUCAAAUAUGGUACCACUAAAGCUGGCCGCGCGGGCUCUGCGAGUUUUUCUGGACUCUGGGAGGGGAGAUGUGGCGCAGGACAUGUAUGUGAAGAUGCUGAUUAGACCGGACGUCUAA